AUGACCAAGGAAGCAACUUCUACUUCCUUAAAUGAAGAAGCAUCUAAGAACCAGGUAAAAAGGAAAGAUAUGCAAUCUGCAACUACCUUUGAUAAAACCAAGUAUGCUACCACAUCAAAGAAAAGAAACACAGAAGGUGGAAAGCAAAAUGCUUCUCUUAAGAAGGCCAAAAAGGACAAGCUUCAACGUAUGUUUGAAAUUUGUUUCUGGUUAUCUAUGGUAAUUUGUUCUCCCAAUUUUUCAUGUGUUAUCUGUUACAAAGGACACAAUUACCCAGUUUGGGAUGUCCAAUUCAGCCCAGUUGGCCAUUACUUUGCUAGUGCUUCACAUGACAGGACUGUUAGAAUUUGGUCAGUUGAUAAAAUCCAACCUUUGCGAAUAAUGGCUGGGCACCUUUCUGAUGUUGAUUGUGUCCAGUGGCACGUAAACUGUAACUACAUUGGUACCGGCUCUAGCGACAAAACUGUAAGACUAUGGGAUGUUCAGACGGGUGAAUGUAUACGGAUGUUUAUUGGUCAUAGGAGUAUGGUUUUGUCACUGGCAAUGUCACCUGAUGGACGAUACAUGGCCUCUGGAGAUGAAGAUGGAACAAUCAUGAUAUGGGAUCUCUCGACUGGCUGUUGUGUUUCACCACUGCUAGGACACAGCUCUUGUGUGUGGACACUUGCUUUCAGCUGUGAAGGAGCAUUGCUUGCAUCGGGGUCGGCCGACUGUACUGUUAAGCUCUGGGACGUCGCUUUCAGCACAAAAGCCAUGAAGACAGAGGAUACCAAAGGCAGCUCAUCAGCUAACCGACUGAGACUGCUUAAAUCCCUGCCUACAAAAUCAGCUCCUGUCUAUAGCCUGCGGGUGAGAAAUUUCUCCUUUAUUCAGCAUGAUUUCUGGUCUGAAAACUUUUAUCCUCAAUUUUGUAGUCCAGCAGGAAAUGUUUGAGCGGGUGAUUGGUCGCCUCUGAUCACUAUAUCUGUAGCAACAAUAGUAGCCAUCACUGGCUCUCCUUUGAUCUUUGUUUCUCAGUUCGUUCAUUCCUGUGCUCUCCUAUCGCACUAUUGUAUUCUUUUGCACAUAUGUUUCUUUUUCUAAAAUGCUUUCUUGUUGUUCAUCAGAUUCAGUACCUAGGAUGAUGAAGUUUCAGGGCUGCCAGAUUUCAGUUUCAGAGCCGCAAGAUUUAUGCAGAAUUUGAAGACUAUGCUACCAAAAAAGCUUUCCUAGUUUACCUAUGAUGCAGUUCAGUGUUAUUUAGGAUGAGUCAUAUGUUUAUAUCUGUCUCCAAAAAUAUUUGUACACGCUUGAAGUAGUGAUUAUUUUAAGUUGUGCUACUCUGUAUAUUGACUAUUUUAUUUCAAUGAGAAAUGGUUUGUCCA